UUCCUCGUCAAUUCUUGCAGUUGUUUGAACGAGGACUCAGAAGAAAUGGGAGCAAACAAAAGUGUCCACGUUGGAAGAUCAAAGCUAGACGUUGGAGUUGAUUUCACAAGAAGACUGUGUAGUUCUGACAUGCAGAGGCUGUCAAGAUGUCUGUUUUCUAUGGCUACUGGCAGCCUUCGCUUGAAGCAGCCUGGCCUAAUUUAUUACAGUGAUUUGCUAGAUAUGUCGUGGCACAAAGGGCUGCAUGAUUCAGACCUAUUGGUCACGUAUAGGUACCAUAGACCUCGACAUAUUGGUCCUCCCUCCCUCACCAUUAAGCAUUCAGUUUCACCCGAGCUAAGAAUCCAUGGAAUUCCCAUGAACAGUUUUCGCCAUUCCCAAAGUCAAGGUGUAAGAUUGUCCGAGUUGUCGAUUGGGUUUGAUUAUGUCGAGCCUUCUUUUU